AUGAAUUGCUCAUGCCUUACUUGGAAUCGGAAUAGAAUUCUGGCAAAUGAACCUGAUCAGUAUAAUAAAUCAAAUGCUAAGAAGAUCGAUAGUGAAUUUAACGAUCCUCGAAUACCACUAACAAGGAAGCAAAAAUUUGUUUUAAUCAAAAAUUGGAAAGGUAUUGAACGCGAUGUAACAACUGCUGGUAUUGAAAUGUUCCUGAAAAUGCUAGCAGAACAUCCGGAAUAUUAUGAUUUAUUUAAAUUUCGAAAUAUUGCUAAUACAACGAAAGAGAAUCAAGCAAACGAUGAGAGACUAAGUGCUCAUGGUGCUGCUGUCAUGAAAUUCAUUGGAAAAGCAAUCAGUCAAAUUGAAAAUGCAGAUGAAUUUUUCAUGCUACUCGAAGUUAACGGAAAGCAACAUGCUUAUAGAGGAGCAUUCAAACCGGAAAUGUUCUGGGAAAUGGAAAAUCCAUUUCUCUAUUCAGUGAAACUAAUUCUUGGUGAGCGUUAUACGGAUAAUAUGGAUGCAAUUUAUAAAACUGUCAUUCAAUUAAUUCUACAACGAAUGGAAGAAGCAUGUCGAACAGAAUCAAUGAAAAUUCGAAAUAAAAAUAUUACAAUGUAA